GGUCUUUUUGAACGGAGAAAAGCGCGCUGGUAGACAGUCGAGAGGGAAACAAAGAGAGAGCAAACAAGGCGCUAUUGUCGGUGCGAACAACAACGACGUGGAUUGAUUAUUUCCGAUCAGAGUAACUUUACUUUUAUAUACGACCCUCGCCAUGUCUCACAAACAGAUCUACUACUCUGACAAAUACGACGAUGACAAAUACGAGUACAGACAUGUAAUGCUGCCCAAAGACAUCGCAAAGCGUGUACCCAAGACCCACUUGAUGUCUGAGACCGAGUGGAGGAACCUGGGGGUCCAGCAGAGCCAGGGAUGGGUGCAUUACAUGAUCCAUCAACCAGAACCACACAUCUUGCUGUUCCGGCGUCCUCUGUCUAACCCAAAAGCUUAAGGUUUUUCUGGGUCCUGCAAAGAUCAGCCCUUACGUGCCUUGGAUCAACAGAGCUCCCAUCAUGCCGUCAAAGCAAGCUCCCGUCGGAUCGGGUCUUUGGGCUGACGAUGCCGGACCUGGAGAUGGACUGUCACUUAUGAACAAUGGAUGUGGAGAACAUGUUGGAGAGGGGGUGGAGGAAAAAAAAAAAAAGAAAGAUGUCAACCUUCAUGUAACAAAAAGAAUCUUGCAACAACAUGCCGUCUCGGACACAUUCAAACCCUUUGACUUCUUAAACCAGCUUCAGCUACUCUACCUGCUCUGAUCAGCAGUUUGUUAAAAUGAUUGCUUCAGUGUGGUGAGCGACGCUUUAACAUGAGUUCUAGCGUACAGUUAAGAAUCCAGACACGAUUGUCUUUCUAGAUUAGUUCGACUCCAGUGUUCUGUGGUUUAUUUUCUUCUUUUUAGCUGACAUGUUACUGCUUAGUCAAUGGAGACUGUAAAUUGGCGUUGAACACAUGAUCAAAAUCUGCAUCAGUCCCUUUUUUUUAAAAAUGGAUUUGAUUGUGUUUUCGGUCUGAUUUAGAGGAAUUCACUUCAAUUGGUCUGAAUGUACCAAUGAGCUGCUCAGUAUUUAUGAAUUGUAUUGCCCUUGAAUAAAUGUAAACUUGAAAUUUUACUA